CAUGUGACCUGGACAUGGAAUCCAUGCCCCAGAACUCCACUGACUUCCUCCUCCUGGGCCUCGUCACGCGGCCAGCACUCCCUGGGCUCAUCUUUGCCGUGGUGUUCUCCAUCUUCCUGGUGGCCGUCAUGGCCAACAUGGUCAUGGUUCUGCUCAUCCAUGUGGACUCCCGCCUCCACACACCCAUGUACUUCCUGCUGAGCCAGCUUUCCAUUAUGGACACCAUCUACAUCUGUGUCACUGUCCCCAAGAUGCUCCAAGACCUUCUGGCCAAGGAAAAGACCAUCUCCUUCCUGGGGUGUGCACUUCAGAUCUUUUUCUAUUUGACCUUGAUCGGAGGGGAGUUCUUCCUGCUGGGCCUCAUGGCCUAUGACCGGUACGUGGCCGUGUGCAACCCGCUGCGGUACCCUCUUCUCAUGAACCGCAGGAUUUGCUUGAUCAUGGUUCUGGGCUCCUGGGCUGGCGGCUCCUUGGAUGGAUUCAUGCUGACCCCUGUGACCAUGAGUUUCCCCUACUGUGGGUCCCGAGAGAUCAACCACUUUUUCUGUGAGAUCCCAGCGGUUCUGAAGCUGUCCUGCGUAGACACAUCACUCUACGAGACGCUGAUGUACGCUUGCUGCGUGCUGAUGCUGCUCAUCCCCGUUUCCAUCAUCUCUGUGUCCUACACGCGCAUCCUCAUCACCGUCCACCGCAUGAACUCCGCAGAGGGCAGGCGCAAAGCCUUCGCUACCUGCUCCUCCCACAUCAUGGUGGUGAGCAUAUUUUACGGGGCCGCCUUCUACACGAGUGUGCUGCCCCAUUCCUACCAUACACCAGAGAAGGACAAGGUGGUGUCCGCCUUCUACACCAUCCUCACCCCCAUGCUCAACCCCCUCAUCUACAGCCUGAGGAAUAAAGAGGUGGCCUCAGCCCUGAGGAAAUUGCUGGGGAGAUGUGCUUUCUCCCAGAGAAUAAGACCAGGGGAUGUGUCUAGGAAACAUUAG